AUGGAGCCCGCGGCGCCGAAGGAGGCGCCGCCCACCCAGCCGCAGCCCGCGGCGGAGGAGGACGGGACGCUCUCCGCGACAGCAGCCAUGGCGAGGGACGCCGCCGUGCAGUUCCAGAGCCGCCGCUACGCCGAGUGCGCCGAGGUGCUCGCGCAGCUCCUGCUCAAGAAGGACGGCGACCCUAAGGUUCUUCAUAAUAUGGCCAUCACAGAAUCGUUUUUGGAUGGUUGUCCUGAUCCAAAGAAGCUGAUUGAAGUCCUAAGGAAUGUUAAGAAAAGAAGUGACGAGCUUGCCUGUUCAUCUAGAGAACAAGCUGAUUCUGCCAAUGGAGUAGGCAACAAUACUUCCGAACCAAGAGGCAGUGGGAUUGCACCAUUGAUUUCUGCUGCACAUAAUGCAACAGCCUAUGGAGACGAGUUUGACACAACCAUAAUAACAUUCAACACUGCUCUUAUCCUUUAUCAUCUUCAUGAUUAUGAAACUUCACUGUCCACUUUGGAGCCAUUGUACCGAAACAUUGAACCGAUUGAUGAGACAACUGCUCUUCAUGUAUGCUUUCUGUUGUUGGAUAUUACAUUAGCUUUGCAAGAUGCAUCAAAAGCUGCGGGUAUCAUUCAAUACUUGGAAAGAUCAUUUGGAGUAGCUAUUACAGUGAACCACAAUGAAGUUACUAGCACAGUUCAGCCGCAAUCUGCUCAACUGAAAUCUCCUGCAAGAAGUAGCACACCUCCAGAUUCUGAUUCAAAUACGUGUGCUGCUGGAUCUGAGAUUCUUUCAGUUGGAAGUUUCUCAGAUGAUACACUGGAGUUUGAAUCUCUUUACUCUACUUUGGAUGGUGGAAAUCACCUGAGCAGACCUAUCUUAAAUGAGUUCCCAAGGCCAUCAGCUGAUCUUGCUGCCACUGCUGCUGAUUUGAAAGUUAGACUACAAAUUUAUAAAGUCCGGCUUUUACUUCUUACAAGAAACCUGAAGGUUGCCAAGCGAGAACUCAAAGUUCUAAUGAACAUGGCACGUGGUAGGGAUUCAUCAACAGAGCUUCUCUUGAAGUCCCAGCUGGAGUAUGCCCGAGGAAAUUAUCGGAAGGCUGUGAAGCUGUUGAGCACGCCCAAUAAUCGGACUGAACCAGUGAUGCUAGCCAUGUUCUACAACAAUCUUGGUUGUAUACUCCACCAACAGAGAUCGUACCAUACCUCAAUAUUGUGCUUCAGCAAAGCACUGAAGUAUAGCUUAGCUCUUCGUUCAGAGAAACCAUUGAAGCUGUCUACAUUAUCACAAGACAAAUCUUGUCUUGUAUCAUACAACUGCGGCAUCCAACAUUUGAUGUGUGGUAAACCACUGUUAGCAGCUCGUUGUUUUCGUGAAGCCCUGCCACUCUUGCACCAUCGACCCCUCUUUUGGCUUCGUUUUGCCGAGUGUAGCCUGCUAGCUCUGGAAAAGGGCCUCCUUACUGCAAGAGGUGCUACUUCAUGCAAUGAUGAGAUUGAAAUUCAUGUUGUGGGGUCAGGGAAAUGGAGAAAUUUAGUUAUCAAUCCGGUGAACUCAGCAAGUCAUUACUCAGAUUCUGGGGGUUCAGAUGAAAAUGGAAAUUUGAUAUCACUUAGAUUUGCUCGACAGUGUCUACUCAAUGCCCAACUACUAAUGGAUGCUUGUGAGCAGAAAAAAAUGGUGAUUGCAUCAGAUGCAGAGGAUUGCAACCAAGGAGCACAAUGCCAGAAAAGUUCAGGCCAGAAGAACACAAUUAGUCUGGAAUCCAAAGUACCUUCUGGUCCAACAACUAAUGCAAAUGGAGAACAAAAGGGAGUGGCAAUCCUGAAUGCCACUAUGCAGAGCUCUCUUGCUAUGUAUGAUGACAUCUGUAGGAAAGAGAACCUCAGAAUUCGACAAGCCAUCCUGGGGGACCUGGCGUUCAUUGAAUUAUGUCUGGAGAAUCCUUUGAAAGCUUUGUCUACCGCCAAGUCGCUGAUGCAGCUUCCAGAAUGCUCGAGAAUGUACUUAUUCCUUGGCCAUGUAUAUGCAGCUGAAGCAUUGUGUGCGCUAAAUAGGCCAAAGGAGGCUGCGGAGCAAUUGACUGUUUAUUUGAGAGAUGACAAUGAUGUUGAGUUACCCUACAGUGUUGAGAAUCAUGAGAAGGCCCCUGUUGAGAAAGACAGUGAUGGUGAAGACACGGUCGCUCCUACUGUCACAAAGCUCACCUUAGAAGAAACUCAGCAUUCAGUGUCUCUCAAGCCUGAGGAAGCCUGUGGUGUUGUGUAUGUUGACCUAGGCAUGACUGCUGCAGUGCAGGGAGAUCUUGAGCAGGCCAGCUACAUGGUGAGCCGGGGUUUGGCGUUGUUGCCCAACAACCCUAGGGCAUUGCUAGCAUCCGUUUAUGUGGACCUUCUGCAAGGGAAGGCGCAAGAAGCUAUUGGCAAGUUGAGGAGGUGUAAAAACGUGAGAUUUAGAACCAGUAGUGUAGCAACCAGCAGAUAAGACUUAGCCUCAUUUCGAUGAAUUCUCUGUAGUUGGUAAUUGCCAUUUCUUUCCGUCGGACCUUGACCACAUGCAGAUCGUAAUGUUUUUCCUGUGUACCAUACAUAAGAAAAAAAGACUGUAGAUCUCCUCCCCCUUCGCUACCUUUAGCUUUUCCAGAUUCAGGGGUUGUAAUUUGUUGAGGUUACUCAAGUUCUACACUGCUGCUCUUUGGACUGAAGAGAGGUGAACUGAUGGCAUACCGUCUGAUAUUCGUUUAUAUUCAGGAAAAACACGCUAAAGAUUUAGAAUCUGAGACCUUAAGUAUA